AUGUUGGACGCCUUCACGCGAUAUUCAAGAUCAAAGUUGAUCAGACGGGACUCAGGCUCAUCAACCCAUGGUAGUGGAACUCUCAAAGCACAACUAAGUCGACGAAUCAGUUCUGAUGAGCCGGGGAGGACAUUGGAAAGCCCUGAACCUAGCAUCGCUACCGGCAGUAGCGCUGGAAGCUUCUUAUCCAGUCACAGCGGAGACAGUCAGCCAAGUGGGCCUUCCUUGAAGCAAACCUUGGUCAAAUUUCGUCAACAGCGACUGCGCCCUCUGAGCAUACUUGCCGGGAAUCCAAAGCUCGUACGGAACCGCCGGCCUUCUCAUUCUCGCGAGUCGGAAGAAUCAACGGAUUCUGGGCAGUUUCAAGUAGGAGCCAUGGGUCGCAUCCUAUCAAGCGACGAACAUAGCUCACACUUCAUACCCAGAGCAGCGCUUGAACAGGGCGGCGAUUAUGUUAUAGUCCAUUCCGAAUAUGCGCAAGCCCUUCCAAACAAUCUGCAACCCCACGCUUCGAUGCCUGAGAUUUCUUCGAACAAGAAACCGUGGAGCUACAAUCUCGAAAGUCUACCGUGUGGGAUACGCCCAUCGGAGAAGUUAGUGGUCGAGGAAGAAAGUGACGGUUCGUUAGAUGAUGAGAUGCUCGAUACGCUAUGUACGCUCCGUUAUACGAUUCAGCAGAUAAAAGACCAUCGAAGACAAUCCCCAAAAUCAAACCCACUUGUCAAAUGUGACUCUUUACCAACGUUCGGCUUGACCUCAACCGGACAUCAGAACUUGUUACGGACCCUUUCAGUACCUUCUCGGUUCAUCGAGGACAAGGCGGCAUCUUUCGACUUGAUGAACGGCUCAGGUUUACCAUACUGUUUAGUCUCGCCUGCACAUCUUCUCAAUCAGUUGCCAUCAAUACAUGCAGGUAACCACUCGACACCAGCUUCUCGUGAUUUACCAAAUCCGGGAAUGAUUGAAAACGAAGACGAAGGCGACGACACUUCUUUUUGCACGUUGCCUGAAGAAGAACCUGACUACCAAUCUGGCCCAUAUGUCCUUCCUAUAUGGCCAAAUCUACCGUCUGCAUUACAGCCAGCUUUUGAUCCUAAGUGUUGAAAUGAUCUUGUGGCUAUCGUCAUGUCUACAAGCUAUGCUUUGUUUGUAUUUCAUUCAAGGUCAAAUAAUUAUCCUGCUGGCCAAGAUGUGACCAGGGAAUGCAUGGUUAUAAAUAAGUAAUAGUUUUUAUGCAGAAGUAAAAAUGACACUGUGGAUUCAAUGUUUGUUUAUCAUUGCUUUAGUAGUAAUUGGAUUGGGUUAUCAAGGAGUAAUAAAAAAAGUUAGCUACUAGAGAAAUAUUUGAAGUCCUUUUGGAGGAAUUGGAA